AACUUCCUUACAGCUAAUCUCAAUCAAUAAACAUUGCUCUCGGCGCACAACAGUUACCCGGUCUGUAUGGGUGUGGCACUAGGACCCAUAGUCGAUUUCUCCACCAGUGCGCUACUAUUACCAAUGAUAGUGCACUUCUUUAACUCCCUUGGUCCAUAGUCUGCACGUGUCUGUCACCCGAAGUGGAUAUGGCUGCGAACCGGGUCGGGAGGAGAUGUAACAACAAAGUCCAUUCCCCGAGUAGGGGUCCAGGUAGGGACCCGGGGCUUAGCUUGCAGAAGAGGCAAGCACGGGUCACGGUAAAGUACAACAGAAAGGAGCUCCAAAGACGCUUGGAUGUGGAGAAGUGGAUUGACUGUAGUCUGGACGAGCUCUAUGUGGGCAGGGAGGAGGAGAUGCCAGAGGAGGUGAACAUUGACGAGCUGUUAGACCUGAAGAGUGACGAGGAGAGAACACACAGGCUCCAGGAAAUGUUUCACACCUGCAAUAACACAGAGGUUUUCAUCAAGGAGCUGGUGUUGAAACUCCACGGGCUGCAGAAACAGGAGGACCUCCACAACAAUGGCAUCGAACAACCCCAGCUACACAUCUUCCCCAACCGGCAAGACUCUGCAGACCGAGAGGUGAUCUGAAGGCCCUGUUAUGUUACCCUUCAAACCCAGCACCCCAUUCCCCAGCCCGAUGUCAUGGACCUUAUCUGAAAAACAUGCAUAACAUUGAGUCUUGCGGGUCUAUACACUUUGCGCUACACACUGUCGAAUACACAUUAAACAGCUAGCCAGAUCUGACCACUUAUCAGAAACAUUGCAGACACCUUAUCUGUCCACACACACACACACACCACAAUGCACAGGCAGUCCACGCAACAUUUGGACCUGUACAAUGUCAUAUGAAUUAUGUUUUAUUUUUGUUAACUUAUAAAGUGUCCGAAUUGUGUGAAACAGGCUGCUUCUCUGUUGGGUCGCUACUGCUACUUGUGUUCUGUGUUUCCUCGAAUUGUUCUGCUGUUCUCUCUUUUUGUCCCAUACAUUGUAUAAUGCUUUUAUUGGAAAACCCAUGAAGGUAUCAACUGUUGGUCUGUGUCUUAUGUUGUGAGAUGCACCUCUGAUUCUGUUUAGCUCAUAAACCAUAGUCAAAGAGUCCAGCAACAUACUGUACAUACCAGUGUCAGUCUGAAGGUAAGAAAGACCACUUAGCUUUCAUAUAUCCCAAUGGGUUAGUCGAUGGUACCUGGCUACAAGCAGGCCUACCAUCUUUUCAAAUUGUAUCCAUCAACAUGAGACAAUAGUUCAUGUGGUCAAGUGGAAGAAAAAAUCUCUCUCGCUCUCUCUCUCUAUAUAUAUAUAUAUAUAUACUGUAUAUAUAUUAAAAAGGGGAGAAAUAUUGUGUUGUGAUAUUCCCAAUGAUUUCCAUGACCGUAUACAUAAUAUUUUUCAUGAAGACCAAGCAGUAUUGCUUAGUAGGUUGUCAACUGUCACUCACAAAGUGUGUUUAGGCUAGCUAUUACGGAAAAUGUAAGAUAACAUUUCAUCUGUUCGGCAAAACCAGGUAAUUUAUUUCUUACCAAAGUGUUUGUAAAUCUAUAGAUGGAGUGCUGAGGAGUUUCAGUCGGCUAAAGGAUAGUACCCCAACUGCUUUACUGUGCCCACCAGAUACACCAUGUUUCCUAACGUUUUGUUUUGCAUCGUGUUCAACACGGUUUGUAAAUGUGUAGUUCUCUGGCUGGUUGUGUUGCUUGUAUAUUGGUUUGAAUACAUUUUAAAUUCAGCUUUUCCAAGAGUAACUUUAAAUCUUUAGGAUUCAUACAGUAUAGUGUUUUAUAGAUUAGAGGCUGUAUUUACAUAUUACCGCAACAUAGUGUUGGCCAAUGUGUUUUUUUAAUUUAAUUGUUUUAUUUUUUAGAUAUGACUUAUGGCUAAACAGCGCCCUCUCCUGGCUAAAUGUACUGAGCAGUAAUUUACAACAACAUUACAUUUUGGCGUGACAGUCUACUCUACACACCUUUUGGAAACAGGGUGUUUAUGUAAUCCAAUAAUGGUCAACCCAUUUACCAUCACUGUAAAUAGAUUGCUAGGGUGUGACUGAGGGUAGACAGAUAGUAGCCUAUGAUGCUAAGUGAAGUGUCAGUGCAAUGAUGCAUGUAAAAGCAGAGACGGGUCAGAUUUUUCAAGCACCCAUAACUUGAUCACAGCAAUCCUACAGUAUGAACCCUUACUCAAUCCAGUCCAAUACUAUCUAAUCUGACAGACUGUCAUGGUUCAUUGGAAUAGCCUGUAGAUGGCAGGAGAACACAAGUCAACAUUUCCUUUCUCAUUGUAUUAACGAGGAGACGGGACACCAUCGAGUCAGCUUCAGGAACAUCUUUAGUAAGAUAAAACCAGAUAUGCMUACAGAGCAUUAUGGGUACUGUAGUACAUCAUGCUACACCUCCUUUUAGCGCAGCAUCAUGCUACCGUCAUUAGCCUCAAUUUCCCAAUUUACUGUGGAAUUUUGCAUUGCUCAAAAACGCUCUUGUGUAUGUAUAUGCCUGUUUGUUGCUGAAGCUUGUCUGAUCCACCAGUCACAGACUAACCAGGCUCCUCGUCACCUUCACAGUUGUGUGUGUGUGUGUGUGUGCUGUCAACAUACCUUUGACUAUAUUUGUUGUGUAAACAUGACAAAUUCCACCUGGAAUUAAGGACUUCUGGUCUGUAAGGUGCAUAUUUAGAAAUGUCGUCAUGUGUCGUGUCAUGAUCAUGGAAUCAGAUGAACUUGUGAAGUGAACUUUCCCCCUUGACAGUCAUGAUGGUUUGGUAUAAGGGUCGUUCCACGAAAUGAGUGCCUUUUGCGUCCCUUUGCUAUUUUAAGUAGAAAUUGUGCGGCAAUAUUGAAUUUUAAAAGCCGGUUAUAUGAAUAAAUGUGCRCUUUAAUAUAGACCACAUAGAUAAUUCAAUACAUCUGAUUUUAAAUACGAAUAAAGACUAACUAAAGUGCCAAAAUUCAGCAUUUUGACACCCUCUGUGACUUCUAGGAACCUGCUUAAUCCCCACAUUCCUCUUAAGUUUUCACCAUCCUUGUAAAACCCUAGUUAUUUUGUAGCUUUGACAAAGUCAAUUCUGAAAAUUCUUAUUUAUUUCAUGUGAUUAGCGAUUCAUUUAUGUCUGUCCCUCAUUUUAAAGUCAACCCUGUUAGGUGAACUGAACUCUCGUUUUAAUGUAGUGAAACUAUUCCUUGUAAAAUAUAUWUUUUUCAAAAUAAACAUUGAACAUCUAAUAGUCAAA